AUGGAUCAUGAUGGACGAGUUUGGGGAAAAAGAAAUGUCGGAUCCAAUGUUUGUUACCCGAAAGACUGAAUGUUUCUUAUGCGAAAAUCCAGAUUAUUGGACAAGUUCUUCUUAUCUUUUACACUCGAGCUUAUAAAUUUGCCAAAGUGUGAGAUGUCCUUUUAGGCCAUUGUUUUCUCUUUGGAACCUAUACCGUGUAUUUGUGCGAUAAUAUCAUUAAGCAUCUAUCCCGUAGCAACUAAGUUGAUUACACAAGAAUUUUCUUGCUCUCUUCGAUAUGAGCAGGAUAUGAAUAACAACCUCUUACAUGCCAAUAAUCACUUUUACUGCUUCAUCUCAGGAGGUCUUUUAGUUGACUUUGGUCUAGUGAGUCAUAAAUGGAGUGAACACAGGUGCCCAUAUAUUAAUAUGAUGAUAUAA